AUGAAAAUAUCUAAGAAUAAAAAAUCCUUACUUUCAAAACCUACUAAGAAUUACAGUUAUCAUUCAACUAAUACAAAAAAUAUCUUUGAAAGUAAUUAUUUUCUAUAAUACUUAGCAAGUGUUCCUCCUGAUUUACAUUAAAAAUUUGGUCCUUAAUUUAAUGAAAAAGGAUUAAUGAAACAUUCAAUCAUAGGAAAGCCUGAAUGGUUUCUUAAAGUUGCUAAAUAAAGAGACUCAUAAUUGAGGUUUAUAAAUGAUGAUGAUUCAUUAUUACAUUAACGAAAAGUAUUUCAUAAAUAAAGAAGUACUGAAAAUUAAUAUUUCAAAGCAACUAACUAAAAUGACUCUAUAAGUAAUGUAUCAUCUUCUUUAAGAACACGCAAAUUUUCAGACUAUAAAGAAAAAAUAUCAGAUAGCACUAAUACAUGCAAUGUUAAUCCAAUUAAUUUUGAUGUUGUUGAAUAAUUUAAUCUUAUAUAAUAAAUGAAGAAAAUUGGAGAUUAAAUCAAAGUAAACACGAAAUAAUAAGAAUAAAUCAUUAAAAAUUUGAGUAUAUAAAAAAAGAUUUAAGAAAUGAAAAAUUAGAAUGCUAUGAAUCAAUAUCAUAAAUAUAACAUAUAAUGGUAAGAAUUUAAUGAAAAAUUAAAAAGUAAAAUUGCUUAAAGAACAAAAUAAACAACUCUUCUUGACUAAUAGUAAUGUAAUUCUAUCUUCUAUUGAUAGAUUACUCCACAAAAGUUGAAACUUUAAAUAUGCUAUAAUCUAUUUAAAAUCAAUUAACAGAUGAUGAAGAAGAAUAAAAGAAGAAACUAAAUCCUCUCGGAAAUCUAUUUCUGAAAUAAAGAAAAAUCUUAAAAUUAAAAACAGAGCCUUAAUCUAUUAAAAAUAUGGUACAUAAUUUAAUUGCUAAAGAUAAACUUUUUUAUAUGCCAAAUUCUCAAAAGUUAAAAACGAGUAUUUUAAGUAAUGAGCCAUUAACAAGAGAUAGAUGUAAAUCUGAAUUUAAUGAAUUGAAUGUAUAAACAAAAAAUUUAAUCAAGGUAUCUGGAGCAAGUGUUUAUGAUAAAGAAUUAUAAUCAAUUAAAUAAAUGCCUGAUAGAUAAAAUUAAAGAUACAAAUUAUUUAAACAUAAACAAAUUGAUAAGAGUUCUGAAUUAUGA